UGGGGUGGCAUUUCAGCAACAAAAACACAACACAACACAUUUCUGUUAUUAAAAAUUCAAAGAUUAAACUAAAAACUAAAUUAAGGACCAUGGCGUGGACAGAAUUAUAAAACCAGAGGCAUAGCAACCGACUGGGAUCGGAAUAAACGGGCUGGAUAAUUCAGGAAUUGGAAAAACAACAUUGAGCGAAAAAAGAAGUCUCCAAUUGAUUUUUCGCUAAGUAUCAGGCUAUUUUAAAAGAGGAGUCAGAAGUGCUGGAAUUUUUGGCCAGCUUAUCAGCAAAAUGAGUGGCGACGAAAGUGGCGAGGAGAAGCACAUCCUGAACUUGUCCAAGCAGAAGCUGAAGAAGGUGCCCAAGCAGGACGAUGCGCACAGCAUCCGGCAGCUCAUCCUGGAUGAGAACGAGCUGCAGAAGAUCGACAACAUAGACUCGUACCUCAAGAUUGAAACGCUCUCCCUGGCGAGGAACCAAUUGCUGCGGAUGUAUGGCGUCUGCCGGCUGCACUGCCUCCGCGAACUGAACCUCUCCUUCAAUGGCAUUCUGUCCAUCGAGGGCCUGAAGGAGUGCCUCCAUUUGCGGGUCCUGAAUUUGGAGGGGAACAACAUCAAGACCAUCGAGCACCUGAACACGAACGUUAAUUUGGAAUCGCUGAAUCUGGCCGAGAACAGCAUCGGCAGCAUUUCGGAUGUCUCCUAUUUGCGCAAUCUGAAGGAGCUCUAUUUGCACGGAAAUCGGCUGACGCACCUGAGACAGUGCGAUAAGUAUUUGCCCACCUCUCUGGAAACCCUAACGCUGGCCAAGAAUGGCAUCAACGAUCUCAACGAGAUCUGCACGCUGUCGCAUCUGAGUGGCCUGCUGAGCAUUUCCAUCACGGACAAUCCCUGUGUGAACAUGACCAACAGCUUGGAUGGCUUUGACUACCGACCUUUUGUCUUGAACUGGUGCAUGAGCCUGAAGUACAUCGAUGGCUAUGUGGUGGAUCCCAUCGAGAGCCUCAAGGCCGAGUGGCUGUACAGCCAGGGACGUGGUCGCCAGUUUCGCGUGGGCGAGCAGUCGGGCCUGGCCAAAUAUCUGAGCUCCAUGUGCCCGCUGGUGGGGAAGGCGCUGGAGAAUGAAAACGAUAGGAAACUGCGCUUGAUCCUCAGCAAGGCGCAGCAUCAUCAGCGGCAGUUGCAGGAGGAGAUCUUGGACAAUGCCAAUAGCUCGGCCAGCACUUCGCCCUCUUCGCAUCGCAAGAAGCCCACGAGUCGCAUUCAGUCGCCGCGAUUCUCCCGUUUGAGUGGCCGCCAGGGUUCUCCAGAGUCCAUGGCGAAUAGCUAUCACGGGAACAGCAGCAGCAACAACAGCAUCGUCAGCGACAAUGGUUCGGCGAAUCACUCGCUGCAGAUGAGCAUCUCGCUGAUCGAGAACAUCAAGAACGAUGGCGAGGGCUUCUCGCUGGCGGGCAGCGGAAUGUCCAGCAGCGUGACCACCAAGACCUACAACUCCACGGAGUCCACGCCCAGGAAUAUAACACCAAAUCCUUACAACGAUCAAACGUUCAUCAGUCAAACGCCAUCGGGAGGCCCAUUGGCGGCUGCCUCGAAGAUGGUUCCAGUUCCGGAAACCCUGAUGAGUCCGGAUGUCUGUCCCGCCGCCGUGGCCCAAAGGGUGACGGUCAACGCCCUCAACUCGCAGCUGCACAAAACGAAGGUCAACAAGAACAAAGACAACAAACUGAACUUGCCGCGAGUGCGAAGUCCGCAGCUGAAGAGGAACCAGAGUCCCACGAGCAGUCCACGGAGGAUGGCAACCAAGGGCAGCAACGAUAAGAUGCAGGAGAAGCUGCAGUCAUCCGGAGUAAUGGUGGAUGCCGGUGGCUUUAGCACCGACGACGAUGGCGAGCAGAUCAAUAUCGAGAAGCUGAGGGCCAUCAGGAAGAUGGCGGCCCAGAAGCAGCAGCAGAUUAACCAGCAGGAGCAACUGAAGCAGCAGCAGCAACAGGUGGAGAACAACAGCCUGAACUGCGAGGAUCGGCUGAUCGAGCACGUGACCGAGUCCUCGGCGGUGACCAUUCAAAAAAUGUGGCGGGGCUAUCAUACGCGCAAGAAGACCAACAAGGAUAUAGCCGAGCGAUUGCAGCGACGACGCACACAGGAGUAUAUCGAACAACUCGGCAAGGACAUGCUGUUGACCAAGGCGCAGCUCGAGAACGAGCGGAAGAUCCAGCAGCUGCAGAUGCAGGCCAUCAAUGCGCUGUGGAAGAAGGUGUCCACCAUGGAGGUGGAUCCCAAGGGAAUUCCGGCGGGUGCGGAGCAGUCAGAGGACGCCAAUGGCUCUGGCCACUUGAGCCUGGAUCAGAAUUCCGCCGCCGUGGUCAAUGAUUUGGCCAAACGGUGCACCAUGCUCACCGAUCAGGUUCAAAUGCUGCAGAGCUCGAUUGGAACGAUUGUCAAUUGCCUGACGAUGGUGUGCAAUCUGCCGCAGGACGCCAUCAAGAAACAGGCCGAGAUCAUCGAUUGCAGCUCCACUCAGACGGACUUGAUAGCCGUGCACACGCCACAAAUCGAGGACCUCACCAAUUUCCCCUUCACCAAAACCAGACCUUCGACUUUGGCCUUGGAAUCGAAGCACGAAACGCUGGCUUGUCCCAAAAUCGAUGAGCUGAUGAGCGAUGUCGAUGGUCUCAAGGAGAACCAAGACGAAGCAUGAAAAAUCCCAGUUAAUAAAUGAGGAGUUUAAACGCUUUAAGGAUCGAUCUCAGCGCUUAUUAAUUCCUCCCGUAGGCAUUUGUGUAGCUUUUGCAACAAUUUUUAGAUCGGUUAGAAGAACUUAACAGUAGCAGCAGCAUUCCACAAACACACAAUUUUUUGUUACAUUCCUGAGAAGUAGUGAUGGUGAGAGACUAAACAGAAAACCUAUGAGAAAAAUACAAAUUUUUGUAAAACACAAAA